AUGGCCAGUUUUCUAUAAUAUGCGCUUAGCAAUGGAACGGCCACGAGCGACGAGAAAUCCAAUAAAUGAAAAUGGAACUGUGCACGUGCAAUUGACCACCAGCGAGAGCCGAGUGUAUCAUGUGCAAGAGCCAUCCAGUCAGUCACGUGGUUCAAGGCAACUCACAACAAAUGAGAGAGGAGCAUAUCUCGUGCAAGAGCCCUCUAGUCUGUCACGUGGUUCAAGGCCACGCACAACAAAAGACAGCGGGGCAAAUCGCGUGAAAGGACAAGACAUGAGUUCGUAUGAACCAGUUACCCACUUUAACCAUUUGUUCUUCGUCAAACCACCUGAAGGUUUUCGGGAUAUUUUACCCAGAGAUAACUAUCAAUUCGUCUCCAAUAAAACCGAGGAUUAUCCAAUAAAUGAGAAAAAUGACAAAGUGGUUGUCAUUCUUCAAAACAUUUUGCGUAAUUUAGAAAAUGAUAUUGAACAUGAUCGAAAGCGCCUUAAGGAAGAACGUCGUAAGCGGCAAAAAGAGCGCCGUCGGCGUCGGGAAGAAAGGAGGGAGGCACAGAUGGCAGCAUCACGUGCCGGAUCCGCCAGACAUGUGUUUUCUACAGUAAAUCAUAAACCAUUUGCAUUUCGGGAAGGGAUUUCAGGAAGAGCAGACGACAUAAUAUCUCACGUUUUCCGAAGAGAUACAGCAGAAAUUCGUAAACACGAUAGUUUAAGUUUCGCAGAUAUUUCUAAUAAGACUAGUGGGAAUGAAAAAUACGAAUCUUUCCUUGAAUUAGGAACGCGGAGUUUGGACAGAAAAGCGCCGAAAAGAUCGGACAGUUUCGGAGUUUCCGAUUGGUCACGUUAUUCACGGGAUGUUGAUGACGACACUGAUGCUGAUGUUGUGGUCUGCGUUGGUGGAAAUAGUCCACAAGAAGUAGCAGAAGAUAAAAUUGAUAACACUUUUGCAAAUGACUUUAAGAAAACUGGUACAAACAGGCUAAAAAGGCAGACAGACUAUCAAAAAGAUUGUUUAAGAAAAAAUUCACCCCAGUUUCCGCAUUAUGAUAAACGAAGUAAUAAUUUAGAUACCAGUACUGACUCGCAAGGAACACCAGCCAAUAUUAAAAAGAAGCUGAAGUCAUUUGAUAUUUUACCAAAUUACAGAAAAACUGGUAAAGGUAUAAGUAAGAGUACAGACUGUGAAAGUAAAGGUCAAAAGAUAAGAACAACCAACACUGUCUCUAAACCUUCAAGGGUGUGUAGAAAUGUAAAAGAUGAUUCUGUUGCAAGCAGUCAUGACAAUGAAAGUUCAAGUGAUAAUGACGAUUCAGAUAUUGUUUUUCCAUCUACAGAACAUUUUCAGUCAUCAAAGAAGGAUGAACAUAAAACUAAAGAUGUUAAUUUCAGAAUAGGUCAUGAAUCCGACACCGAGAGUGAUGCCGUAAAUGGGUAUUUAUGUAAAUAUAAAGAUGGAUUAAAUGAUAGGACUGAUUUUCCAGAAGCAGCGGUUGUUGGACCCGUUGCUAAGUUUCGCAGGAAACAUAAAGUUCCAAGCGCUGGUACCAGUGCUGUAAGAACUAGGGAAGCAGAGAGGCCAACAUCAGCAGGUACCAGCGGUUACUCCACAGACGAAUACAGUUGUAAGGCGUCUGAUUCUGAAGAUGAAUGUCUCAAAGAAAGAAAAGAAAAUGAAGCUGCAAAGUCUUCAAGGCAUAAAUUAAGCAAGUAUUUUCUUGUGCUUCAAAACGGUAUCAAUAUGGCACUCAAGGUAGACGACUCUGCAUUUCAAAAUGGCGAUUAUGCUGAUGAGAGUUGUCGUUCCUUUCUGCAAAAUAUUUCCAUGUCGGACCUUGCCAUCCCCGACCACGUCGGUUGGCUCGUUGACCAGUCAGAACAGAGCAAGGUUUGGGGCGUGGUCGUUGACAUGCUGUUUUGUGUAUUUGAAUGCGAGGGCUCCGCGAAGCCCCGGGAUGUAAUAAUUCUCCCGGGCUGUAGUAUUCGCCCGCUUGUCUACAAUACGGCUAUAAAUGGCUUGAAUACAAACACGCACUCCCAAACAAUAACGGGUAUAUCGAAAUUCCAGUUUGUUAUUGACGAUUCAAGUACAGGGCGGAAACACGUUUUUGGCGCGGAGUCGCAAUAUGACCUUGACACAUGGUAUAGAGUUCUAAAAAAGGCAUCGGCACUAGACCCUGAAAUAACCAAUGACAUAUCAACCUCCAGUGACGGAGAAGGCUUCAAACCUUCGGGCAGACGAGUGUCUUUUGACGGAGUAUUGCCCAAGCUUGGAUAUAUUCCAUCACAGGACGCUACAAGACGUUCUCAACGAAUGAGAAGUCCUCGGGGACCUCCGGAAAAGCCAGAAAUGAACGGAACUGCAGACGAUAUAUCUAUACAUACAAGUACAAACGGACACGACCCGCUUACAAACGGUAACCAGCCAAGUCCUCGCUCUGGUUUGGUAAGGAGCGAUUCUAGAAGACAGUCAAUAUCAGACUUUAAGAAACUUCUGCGACAGGAAACGAAACCGGAAGUUUCCAAGCAACUUCCGGUCAAAGCAACGCAUUUCAAACAACCAGCUCAGGAAGAGAAUACACAGGCACCACAACAAGGCGGUAAAAAGCUGAAGUCUUUUGGAAGUUUUGAAAGUCUUUUGAAAUUUAAAAGAAAAAAGCGGAAACCAUCAGAAGAUUCUAUUUCGAAUGAUGAUGGCGGUAGCAUUGUAAGUGGUUCGUCCACAGAACAAGAAAUGAUAAGUAGAUCGGUUGACAUCAGUGCUAAUAUGUCACAGUUGCAGAAACAGAAAGGCAAGAAGUUAUCCAGGUCUUUAGAAUACAGUGAACCUAAAAACGGUAUGAAUAAUGGAAUUGUGCGACGUGCUUCUGAUAUAAAAGACAGAGUUUUUAACAGACGGCCUUCUAAACCAUUCGCGAAACUUGGGGACUUACAUGACACGAGUAUGCAUGGCUUUUUGUUACAUAAACACCACUUAAAAUGGCAGAAACUUUGGUGUGUCGUCUGCAGAGGAUGUUUCUAUGGUUUCAAAUCAAAUUCACCCGAAGAAAAUGCCCAGAUUGCUGUGUUAUUAGCAAGUUGUGGUGUGGUUUUUGUUUCAAAACAGGACAAGAAGCAAAAGAAUUUAUACGUAUUCAAGUUAACUCAGGAAAAGUCUAAAAGCAUUUAUCUAUGUGCUACUGAUUACACAGAACUGAUGAAGUGGCUUACGGUUUUACAAAUGGAAUCUAAUAGUGUCAUUUCGAACGCUGACAAAAUCGGGAAAUCUUCUGAAAGUGAGAAUGACAGCAUAUGUUCCUCAUUGUCUAGUCAGAGCGGUUCGGUGUUAACAGUGUCUUCAGGCGAUCAACCACCCGCUUCUGAAACGUCAAGGUCAAGGUCAAAAAAGAAGAAAAAAGCGCCCGCUAAACCUCCUCGACAGUUUCGAAAUUCGUCAUGUCCGCCUUCCGUUUCCAGGGAUUCUGGGACUUCAACAGGGGAGGAUACUCUAACUUCCGGAAGCAUGAGUUCUAGCACAGACAAUAACACUUACGGAUCGACAGAAGAACUACCUCGUUAUGACCGAGCUGUUACUCAUGUUUGGCAGAACGACAGAGGUUAUCUCUUUAACGCAAUACGAGCCAAGCUAACGGCGUACCGUAAAAAAGACGGCAAUAUAAACAAUAAAGAACUACCUGGGGCCGAUGGUGAAGGACUGAUGGUGGUUCAAGAUGGAGCAACCCGAAAGGGUUCGAAAGAAGUCCGCAGGUCAAGAUCUUUCAACGCACAUUCGAGUACAAUGUCAGGCGGAGAGAAAAGCGGCACUCCGACGCCGACGGAAUCACCGACGUACAUGAGAAAACGACACAAACCGCUUGUUGUGAAGAAAAUUGCAGCUACCGAUUUAGAAGAAAGACAAACCAUUGCUGGUUAUAUUGAGAAAAAGAGUGUCAGCGCCCAGUGGAUAAGAUAUUGGUACGUCCUACAUGAAGGUACCUUGUUUUGUUACCUGACGACAGAUGAUAACGUCACUGUUGACGUGUUAAAUCUCCACGGAUACACUGUGGCAAGUCUGGUAGACAAAUUCCGAGGAAAAAGAUUUGUACUUCAGCUUUCACAUGAGAAUUUCACGUCGUUAUAUUUGUCAAUGGAAUCACGGGAAGAAAUGGAAAAUUGGCGGGAAAGUCUUGAACACGCCAUUAAACAACCGUCUAGUGCUAUGAAGGAAGUCGAUUCAGAACAGGGCGCAUGCGCAGGUUGCGAAAGCAACCGACAGGACGAUGUUGGAGAGAAGAGGAAACAAGUGAAGCAGAAAUUGUUAGAAGAAGUGUUACGUCAAAAAUAUGAGCUUGAAAGAAAACAAGCAGAACGGCAAAAGAAACAACGCAGCAAAGGUGUAAAUUCUCCAGAUGGCUCACCAAGCUCGUCCUACCCUCCAGACUUACUGACAGACGAACAGAGAACUAGUGACGUCACACGAUUACGUCAGCGAAGAAUGUCUACACAGCUAAAGGUGGAAACGAUACAGAAACAGAUUGAGAAGCCAAGUGGUACCAAACGUGGACUGUUUGGAUUCGGAAAGUCUAAAAAGUUGGACGAGAACAAAAACGUGUUUUUACAAGAUCAGUUGAAAGAGCUCAAUGAUAAGUUGCAUAAAAUAGAUACAGAUUUGAAUCAGGUUGAGUCUGAAAAAAACUUAUAUGAAGGAUAUGAUGUGAACCAAAACAGAAAGUCAAUGCCUGUGCAACUAACGUCCAAUUUGAACAGUUUAGAACGCGGUGUUGAUAGUGAAGAUGAUGAGGCAAAGAAAGCGAACAGUUUAAAAAAUACCAUGCAAAAAUGGACGACCAAAACUUUUUCAAAAGUGUCUGUUAAGCGGAAACAAGGAAUACCUUUAAAUGGCAGUUUGCCGAAUUUGAAACAAAAUGGUGAAAUAAACAUGAAUGGUGGCUUUGAAAAUGGUGAGAAUGGUGAUACGUAUCGAGAAGAAUUCACAUCCUUGGAAAAUAGUGUUACUGACCUUACCCGUCCAAUGUCGGAUUUAAAACUAGAUUUAAGUUUACCACUUACGCAAAACGGUCAAAAUGGAUCAGCGUCGCCAUCUUCGGUAGGGUAUAAUAGAAGUAACAGCAGAACCAGUACAUUGUCAUCGUUAUCGUCACCUCGUCGGGAAAUUGAUCCAUCAGUAUUAGCAGAAAUAGACGCAUUUGAAGAGCUGACAAAGCAAGUACUUGGAGCAAGAUCGAAGGAAACAGCGGCAAAAUGAGGACACGCAUUCAAGUGCGCAUUCAAGAACCUUAUAAUUUCAAUGCAGCUGUACACAAUUCUGUUAAACUUUGGUUAAUUGAUCAUUUCAUGACACAUGGCAUUGGUUUGAUGCCUGGAAAAAGGCGAUUUUAGCGUAACAAAGUAAAAUUAUAACAUUACAAGAAACGUAACUACUAAAAUUAACACAGUGAGGUGUUCGUUGACAUGCGUAAAGUCAAGUUUAAGAUUUCCUUUAGGUAUUGUAAGAGCUGGAAUAGAGAUAUUCUUAAAUUUUGAAAGUAAAAUGCAACACUCCUUCAACAAUUGUUUGUAAAAAAUGGUUUAAAAUGUCAUCGCCAUGCUGCUAUUCAUAUGAAAAGCAAUACCAACUACUGUCACAUUCAGACACUUCAUAUACUGUGAAUUCAUUAAUUUUCGUGGGGG